AUGUCCUUGACUGUACCACCUGGUGUCGCUGCCCUGAUUAAAGGUGGUGGGCGUUACACCACAUCACUUUCUCGUAUGAGUACAACCAGCAGCGCAAGUACAGAGUCCAGCAUUACAUACAUCCCGCCAGGCGCAAUGUCUACUGUGUCAACCAUGACGCUCCCUACUUUCGAGGACGUCUUUCCAACCGCCGGAAGAGCCGUGCCCCGCUUUUCUUUCCCCCGCCUCCGCAUCGGCCCGCCACCCCUUCCCGACGCAGAACUUUUAUCCAAAAUUGCCAUUCUCGCCACCCCUGAUGCUGUGAUGGCCACCGACGCCUAUGCCACGGCCAUGGUCGGUGUACGGAGAUACGCGGCGGCAUACAAGACAUCUGUGCCGCAGCGGUCCAUCGACAGUGUCACAACCGACAUGAAUGUGUUCCAGGCGCAGGCGGCGUGGGCGCGUGGCCUACACGACACAGCCGUUGCUUCCGCUCGCUACCUCCUCAGCUGGAUCGAGGGGGCUGACCUCGCUUCCAAGACGUCGGUGUCGGUGGACACGGACGACGCCAAGAUGGUUCAGAGUGCACUCGAAGACGCGCUCCUCGCCACCGUGUGUAUGUACACCGGCUCCCUUGAGCAUGCCAAGCUCCCUCCAGCAAUUGAGACCGCCGUCGAGGGUAUGGAGGCGGACAUUGCCAUGGCCGCCAGCUCGUUUGAGGGCCUGGCCGUCCUUCUACGACUCGGCCACUCUGCCGUCCAGCAGAUCGAGAACCACAAGCUCCGUGCUGUCAACCAGGCGACGAUUGUGUACGGCCUGCUUGGCAAACUUGCGAGCGCUGUUGACGCCGCGCGCAUCCACCAGGGCCGCUACGAACGGCAGACAUGGGACGCGACCGUUCUUCUCCUCAAGACUCGCCUGUUGCUCUUCAAACUCUCGGUCGCGAUCUCGGGCCUCUUCGUCAACGAGAUCCGCAGAUACCGCGACUUUUCACAGGACGAGAAGCCGAAACCGUCCAAGGCAGAGAUACGCAGUGUCCAGUACGGCGGAUGGGGCGACAUGACGCGUGACGCGUUCUGGGACGUCGUGGACCUUAUGCUCACUCUCGUUCAAGAGCACGGUGAGGGCGUCCUAACGCGUGUUGAGUCUGAUGAGACGGAUGUGGAGGCGAGCGAGGCGGAGGGGGACGACGAGGCAGUGGCGGCGGAGGACGAGGAGGAGCAGGAGCAGGAAGAAGAGGGGGAAGAAUCCGAGCCCGAAACGAGCGAGGACGACGAGCCCGCGGGGCUGGAUGGUACCCUCCUCGCCCAGGUCCUCUUAUCGUUCAUGCGCUUCCGCGAAGUCAUGGAGGGUGUGUGGGAAAACCUCUCAUCACAGAAGUUCGAGGAGUCGUUCGAUCGCUUCAUCCAGCCGCCGGUGUAUGAGCAAGUGGAGCAGGAGGACGGGACGAUUCGCAUGGUCGCGACGGCUGAGCGCGACUGGCAGGGCUGGGACCUGCUUGGUCUGGAGCUGUGCCGCCGGAUGACGCGCGGUGAGCUCGCCGAGUUCGAGGAGCACAACCUCGACGUUGUGCUGCACAAGCGCUGGCGUGCCAAGCUGCGCGCGGAGCAACAGCGUAUCCGCCGAUCGCUAUCGAGCACGAAGCGGGGACCUGAGAGCGACGACGACGAGGAGGGCGGCCGGGGCAAGCGCCGCAAGAGUUAUAACUAG